AUGAAAGCUUGCGCUAGGGGCUUGCAAAAGAGCAAGACCUUGCAGUAUUGUACUUAUCGACCGGGCGGGCCCCUGUAUUCAAGUAUCAGGCACCCAAAACGGCGAUUAACGUCGACAUCAGGACCCAUAACAGCAUCUGGGAAACUAGAGGCCGUGCAAGCGAAGUAUACGACUGAUUUGACGGAAGAAGCAAGUAAACGCAAGCACGGAGACAACGUCGAUCAGGAACUCUUCUUGGACGUUCUUGGCUCUACGGCCACGAAACGCGAAGCAAAGGCUUACCUCUCGCGUUUCAGUCCCACAAAGACUGCUUCUCAGCAAAGGACGCAGCCUCCAUCAAAACAGAGAGAUGUGGGAGUCAACCUUGGGAGUCUAUUUGUCCCAAUCAGAGCCGUUGACGAGAAGGCAGUGUUUUCGCAAACAGCAUCUCAAACUCCUUUUCGAAGCCAAGCUCCCGAGUCCCUCCAUAUUGCACUCCUGAAGAUUCGAGCACCGCAAUUGAUUGACAAUGUUACUUUACGGGGAGUUGGACAUACGUUAUCGCAAAUUGCGAGGUUGAGCAUGAGCCCUGUUGUGGUUGUGGAUCACGAGGAUGGGCAAAGAAGGAAGCCUCUGGAUGCGGCUAAAAUGGCCAUUUACCAGGCGGACCGCAUUGUUGAGGCAAUUGGUGCAUAUGGAGGUCAAGGUGCACGACGACUAGAUGGCGUCAUUGAUAUAUCAUCGGUCGACGAGCAGCUCCUGCCCUCUGUGAGGAUUAGUGGUGAAGUCCAGGUCGUCCACCGAGAUCUGCUGAUGGCACCACUUCGAAGAGGGAUGAUACCAGUCAUUGCGCCUGUUGGGUUCAACUCGAAUACGCAAAAGGUGGAACCUGUCGCAGCCAACGAGCUUGUUUUGGCACUGACUCGAGAAUUUGCUGGCAUUCGGAGUAGGCCGUUGGCCGAAAUAGAUACCCAGAAAGUGGUCGAGGAAAUCCUGACGUUACAGAGGCAGAUUUCUUUGGAUCGUAUUAUUAUUCUGGACCCGCUUGGUGGUAUACCUGCGACAGAGCGAAGUCACGGCUCUCACGUUUUCAUCAAUCUUGAGCAGGAGUUUGGUGCGAUCAGAAGGGACCUGCUAGUCGCCGGAAAUGAACCACCCCAGGAUUCUGAGAGCGUAGGGUCUGUUAUGACAAAGGAAGAUCCCUCCGGCGCUUUCACACUGAGCAACCCAUUCUCCAGGUUGCUAGCGGACGAGGCUGCCAGAGCAACAAGCGGAGGCCAAGAGCAAGCAAGAACCUUAGAGGAUGAUCUCAAUCGAUUCAAUAUGCAAAUGCACGUCAAAAAUCUAGAUUUGCUCAAGGACUCCCUUGCGAUCUUACCGCCUACUUCUUCUGCAUUUCUAACAACCCCUUAUGCCGUCGCUAACUCUCAAAGCCGUCCACCACUGGCCAGCCAGGGCCCUAGAGUAAGAACUCGAAGACAACGCAAUCCGCUCAUUCAUAACUUGUUGACCGAUAAGCCUGUCUAUUCCUCUUCUCUGCCCCUGGAUCGUUCUCCAAAUCCAGCAUCACAGGCGCUAUAUCCCGCCAUCACUUCAUCUCCCGCUACUUUUUGCAAGCGUGGCAUGCCCAUCAGCAUUAUUCCAGAUCCUCUCGAGCAGCCUUGGGCCCCUCCGUCCCUGUCAAACACCUGUAUCGAUCUUUCGGAUCCGCGUAUAGACCUCCCUCGCCUCAUCCAUCUAAUCGAGGACUCCUUUAGUCGAAAGCUCGACGUCAUCCACUACCUCUCGCGCAUCCAAGGCCGUAUAGCUGGUAUUAUAGUUGCUGGCGAAUAUGAAGGCGGUGCCAUAUUGACCUGGGAAACACCACCUAGCUUCCCUACUGACGAUCCCAAUCAUAUAGUGCCAUAUCUCGACAAGUUCGCUGUGCUCAAACGUUCUCAAGGCGCCGGCGGCGUGGCUGAUGUAGUGUUCAAGGCCAUGGUGCGCGAAUGUUUCCCGAACGGCGUUUGCUGGCGCAGUCGGAUAGAUAACCCAGUAAAUAAGUGGUACUUUGAACGCGCGAAGGGGACAUGGAAAAUGCCUGGAACGAAUUGGGCCAUGUUUUGGACGACCGAGGGAGUGGAGAGGGGGGAUGAGAUAUUCUUGGAUUACGAAGGGGUGUGCAAGGCUGUCAUGCCAAGUUGGGCAGAUAAAAAGGCGGUAGUAGAUUAA